AUCUUUAUCACGAAAAAUAGUCUUAUAUAUAAACUUUUAUUUUAUCUUUGGUUUUCUCUUAGUCUCUCUUCCCGCUAACAACAUGACAAAAAGACACAGCGCCGCUUUCAAUAUGGUCGCUCAUAAUUUUUAACUCUUAUUCUAGCACACAUACUUCGAAUUUCUUCCCUCAACUAGCAGUAGCAGCAAAGUCCAACAUCAACCUAUCAAGAUCACUGGAAGCAAUGCAAACGUGAUUAUUGCAAAAGUCGAUUUUUAUUAUAUAUAAUGAAUUUGGAUGCAACGACAAAGUAAAGAUCAGCUUUGACCACCACAAAGGCAUCUUUGGCACAAUGGCGAUGUUGAAGUCAAUUGCGGAUCAAUACCCAUAUGCAGUAGUCAACCUAUUUGGCAAGAUCAAGGUUUUCUUCUUACAUGGUGCAGAUGAUCAACUACACUUGUGGAGUCUCUCUUUUAAGCAUGAUGGAAUAUACGAAUUGUUGAGAGAAACACACUUAACCAUUUUACCAUCAUUUGAUGACAAGGCCGACCUAUUACCUGACUUACUACGGUUCUACUGGACAAUGAAUGUAAGUCAUGAACCCGAAAAAAAAGAAAAAACAUGCAUACUUGUAUGCAGUGAAAUGUAUACUAUACAUUAUUUUCCAUUCAUUGAUGGAAAAUGAUUCUUUUUUCGUUUGUAGGAACUUGUAAAGGAAUGUAUUCAGAACAUUGCCGAACUCCAAGAAAGCCAUACGUCGUAUCUAGACUGAUAUUAUUGUGUAACUUUAAGAUUUCAGCUUCUUGUCAUUUAAGAUUGGAUUAGAAUAGUUUUUUCUCUUUUUUCUCUCUCAUU